AUGACGCAACCUACCAGUGGCAAGGCCGACCGCCCGGCGCCUUCCGGCCCAAGCGACCCGGAACGCAGCGUGCAGACCCGCAUGGAGAAGCUCGGCCAGCUGCGCGAACGAGGAAUCGAGCCGUUCGCCUACAACUACGCGCGGACCGACCGCGCGCGCGCGGUCGCGUCCGCCUUCGAAGCCGCGGAGGCGGCGGGAGCGCUCUCGGAGCGGGGGCAGGGGGAGGAAGUGCGCAUCGGCGGUCGCAUGGUCGCGUUCCGCGGUCACGGCAAGAGCGCCUUUGCCGAUCUGGAAGACGGCUCCGGGCGCAUCCAGGUGUAUUUCCGCAGGAACCUGGUGGGAGCGCAGGCUUUCGAGAACCUGGAUCUCCUCGACCUGGGAGACUGGAUCGGCGCACAGGGCCGGCUCUUCCGCACGCGCAUGGGCCAGAUCACGGUACAGGUCAGCGCCUGGACGCUGCUUACGAAGUCGCUGCGGCCGCUUCCACUGGGCAAGACAGAAGUGGACAGCGGGACCGGGGAACGCACCACGCACAGCGGCUUCGCCGACACCGCGGCGCGCUAUCGCCAGCGCUACGCCGAUCUGGCGGUCAACCCGGAGGUGCGGCAGGUCUUUCGCGCCCGCUCGCGGAUCGUGACCACGGCACGCCGUUUCCUGGACGCCCACGGCUUUCUCGAGGUCGAGACGCCGGUGCUGCAACCUCUCUACGGGGGCGCGACGGCUCGUCCCUUCGUCACUCGUCACCACUCUCUCGACACACGGCUCUUCCUGCGCAUCGCCGACGAACUCUAUCUGAAGCGGCUCAUCGUGGGCGGCUUCGAGCGCGUGUACGAAUUGUCCAAGGACUUCCGCAACGAGGGUCUGAGCCGGUUUCACAACCCCGAGUUCACGAUGCUCGAGUUCUACCAGGCGUUUGCCGACUACCACGACAUGAUGGCGCUGGUGGAGGAGCUCGUGACGGAGAUCGCGACCGAGGUCACGGGGGAUGCCAUCGUGACCUACCAGGGUGAGCGCAUUUCACUGGUCCCCCCGUUCAAGCGCAUCCGGCUCAUGGAGGCACUGGGCGCAGCCCUCGGCGAAGACCCUCUGGAGAUGGACGACGAGGCGCUCUCGACGCGGGCGACGCUGAUCACAUCGCCUUUCUCUCUACCCUCGAUUCUCUUACAUGGGCGCGGGGCGGGGAAGGCUCAUCGACAAGCUUUUUGA